GUGGGUCCGGCGGUGCGGGGCGAGCGGCUGCGGUGCGAGGUCCCGGCCCGGUCAUGGCGAAGCACCUGAAGUUCAUUGCCCGAACCGUGAUGGUGCAGGAGGGGAACGUGGAGGGCGCGUACCGGACCCUGAACAGAAUCCUCACCAUGGAUGGGCUCACCGAGGACAUCAAGCGGCGGCGCUACUACGAGAAGCCCUGCCGCCGGCGUCAGAGGGAGAGCUACGAAACGUGUCGGCGCGUCUACAACAUGGAAAUGGCACGCAAGAUCAACUUCCUAAUGCGGAAGAAUCGGGCGGACCCGUGGCAGGGCUGCUGAGGGCCCUGGGCAGAAAUCCAGAGGCGACCCCACUCGGUUUCCUUUGGCCUCUCCACGGUAAACUCAGGCACAGAUGCCGAGGCGGGUGUGUAGGAGAGUCCCCACCUAGCAGGGGACCUUCUCUUUGAUUCAGUGAGAGAACCGAACCAGAAGGCUUUUUAGGAGUCGGGCUGCCGCCAGGACAGCAGCGAGAGCUGGUCGAUGAUGUAGAAAUUCCUGGGAGCCGACAGAGCUCGGAUUUCCUCCCCAGUUUUUAGGAAAACAGAGCAGGAUGACCAGAAAAGCAUUGUUGUCCUGUCCUGCCUACCCCGGAUCCAGUAACUGUCAGAUUGAAAUGGAAGCAAAUGUGGAGUUGGAAUAAAUUUUUCUGAAACACCA